AUGUGCAAGGGAUUCGGAUCAACUUUGACUGGCCCUGCUCUCCAGUGGUACAUCAAUCUUCCCACCAAAUCCAUCAAGUCUUUUGCAGCCCUUAACGACAAGUUCGUAGAGCAAUUUGCUAGUAGUCACAACCUAGAGAAGAACUCAGACGACCUUUAUGAAGUCCUCCAGCAUAGGAACGAACCCCUUCGUACCUACAUAGCACGCUUCAACCAAGAGAAGGUGGCCAUCCCUGAGUGCAACGCUGAUACGGCUAUCUCAGCCUUCAAGCGGGGCCUACUCCCGGAAGGAGAUCUCUACAAAGAGCUGAUCAAGUACAAGUGCAAGACUAUGGAGGACGUAUUGUCUCGUGCUUGGGCUCAAGUAAGGUGGGAAGAAGAUGUUGCAAGUAGGGCCAAAGCCUGUCCGAAGCACGAUCAGAAGUCCUCAAAGCCAACUAGGAAUGAUCGUGACGAGCCCUCUCAUCCCAAGUCCGCUAGGGAGACUAGUAACCCGAGCAGGGGCAGGUACCAACAUCGACCCUUGCCUAGAUCCGAGGGGAUGAUGGUAUCCACUUGGUCCGAUAUCUCUCAUCUUGCGAUAUCCAAACCGGAACUGAUCGGUGUCCUACGACAAAUGGGUCCUCAAGUCAAGUGGCCGCCUAAGAUGAAGGCCGCAGAGGCUAAUCGAAACCUCAAGCGAUGGUGCGAGUUCCAUAGUGACCAUGGAAGGUCCGGUCUUCCUAUCGAAGCAGCUCCCGCCUUGCCACCACAGCAAGAUCGGGUGAUCCAUGUUAUCACAUGCGGAUCGGAGAUAAGCGGGAUUAGUAGUGCCGCUGCCAAGAAAAGUACUCGCAAAGCCAGGAACGGCCAAGAGGCCAAAGGUCCUAAGCGCCUACUCCUCGGAACAGACGAGAUCAGCUUCACUGCAAGGGAGCAGGAGAAGGUCCUUGCUCCACACCAUGACGCUCUUGUCAUUUCACUUACCAUAGCAAACUGCUUGGUUAAGCGAAUACUAGUAGACAAUGGAGCUCCAGCAAUAUAA